AUGACUGGACAAGAAACUGAGGAGCAACGCCAGUACGAAGAAGAGAUCUUGGCUCACCAGCAUUACGUACGACAGUCCGAUGAUUCGGAAGCAGAAGAUGAAAAGCAAUCACGGAAACAUGGCUUUAGCGCCAAAAUCCGCACCUUUUGGGAUAAAAAGGUCAAGCCAGCGUUUCCUGAAGCGAUCGCUGAUAUCAGUCUAGUCAAAGAUGUGUUUACCACAGAAUCACUGAUUCAUAAAGAUAUUCAGGACGCCACUCGCUACCCAGAAAUCAACAAAGUAGCACAUGUCAGGCAAGGGUUAGAGUUGGGACUUGAGGAAAAAGCAUUCCUCGCGAAGAGGAAAAUGCAUGUCCGUGACCAUUUUGCGAAAUACAUGGGUCUAGAUCCGGAGCAAGUUCAUCCAGAUGACAUUCCUGUCAUUGGCUUUGGGGGCAGUGGCGGGGGCUAUCGUGCCAUGAUCGGGUAUAUCGGCUAUAUGACGGAAAUGAAAAUGGCCGGACUCUGGGACUUGAUAACAUACGUGGCUGGAGUCAGCGGCACAUGCUGGUCCAUUGCUGCUUACUACACCUUUUCUGAUGCUACUACCGAGCACAUUAUCGAUCACUUCAAGAGCCGUCUUUCACCAUAUCAUCCACUGUCCGAUCCGGCUAUACGCACUACCCUCACUGCUAUCAACGGCCCUUAUAACACAUUAGGGCCCUUAAUACUCAAGCAAAUUAGUGGUCUGCAUGUUGUUUUAAUGGACUUGUAUUCCGUAUUCACCACGGGUUAUUUAUUUCUUCACCAUAGUCAGGAAUCGGAGGGCAUCCGUUACAAGCCCAACGGCGAUCGAGGCUGGUGGAAGUGGUCGGAUGCUCACAAAUGGCUGAAUGAUGGCCAGGAGCCAUUGCCAAUUAUGACCGCUAUCCGCCAUGAAAGACCCUGGAAAGAUUGGGUAGACAAGGAACAUCCUUUCAAGGACGAUAGUCCGUUAUCACAAGAGCACGCAGAGACCGUGGAUGCUUGGUAUCAAUGGUUCGAGAUGACUCCCUACGAAAUAGGCUGUGACGAACUCGAGUCCUGGGUGCCGACCUGGGGUUUUGGCCGGCCCUUUGACGAAGGCAAGUCUACCAUGCAGCUACCUGAGCAGUCGUUAGCAUUGUUACUGGGUCUUUGCACGAGCGCACCGGCGGGUCCGCUAGAUGCAUACCUUGCUACCAUCAAGCGAAAUCUCCCUUCAGGCUCACUAGGCAAUGCUGUCCACGAGCUCGCUCUGAAGAUUACACAUAUGUGGGGCAAACAGAGAACUAAGGUCUUUCAACAACACCAUCCCUUACAUGCCUGUAAUGAACAUAACUUCAUGUUCCAUAUGACUCCGGUACCCAAAGGACAAGCUCGCCCACCUGGCAUCGAAAACUCUCCUAGAGUACACCUUCUUGAUUCUGGAUUGGAUAAUAACUGUCCCACCUACGUAUUACUUCGUCCAGAACGCGAGGUAGAUAUAAUUAUUCAUAUGGACGCAUCUAGUGACGUUCAUAAAGACGUGUUCCAGGAGCGAGUUGACCAGAUCGGCAGUCGACGUGGUAUACGAUACACGAAGCGCACUUCAAAUGUCGCGUCAGAAACAUCAUCAACACCAGUUCACUCCCGGGAGCACAAGGAGAAACGUUCGGAUGAUGCGUACGGGCAAAUAUACGAUGGGAAUCUCUUCUCACGCCCCGCUCACGUAAUAGAUUCGUACGGACAUACUGUCACAAACCCGCCCGCUCCGAUUUGCUACAAGGAUAACACUAUUAUCUACAUGCCUCUACUUGAAAACGAGGAUGCAGCUCCUGGCUUUGAUCCGUCGACAGCAAAAUGGUCUGGCAGCUACAACCUUGUCUGGACCUGCGAGCAAGUGGAAACAUUGAUAAAGGUAUCGGCAGCAAACUUCGUUAAGGCUCAGGCGAAUAUCAGGAAAGUCCUACUUGAGGUAUAUGAAAAGAAAAAGUCUACACGAGAAGCAACCCAUCCAUAG